UCAUAUAUAGCAUAUAUCUAUAGCACAGCGUAUAGUAACUAGUAGUGGGCUGCCAUUUCCGGCUCUCUCUCCCCUCCCCCUCCGCCCGCAGAUCUGUGGAGGUGACACUGGUGACCGGCAGGAUGGCUGCUUGGCUCGGGCGCUUGUGUGUGGCAGUGUGUGCCAGGGGAGGCACUGUGCAGAGGGCAGCUCGCCAGGCCUUGAGACCACGCUGGAUCGCUGUCCGCAGCUUUUCUGCCAGCCACACCACAUCCAUCAACUAUGAAGAACUGAAAGUCUUGCUGAAAAAGGAUGGCGUUGUAGUCAUAGAUGUUCGGGAGCCGUGGGAAGUCAAAGAAUAUGGAAUUAUUAAGGGAUCAAUGAACAUCCCAUUGGGAGAUCUCAUGUCUGCCCUUAAAAUGACUCCAAAGGAUUUUGAGGAGAAAUAUAAAGAGAAGUUGCCAGAGAAAUCCAGCACCUUGGUCUUUUCUUGUCUAGCUGGGAUUCGAAGUGGCAAAGCCUUAGAUGUAGCAACAUCACUUGGUUACAGUAGAGUUCAUCACUAUAUGGGAGGUUUUGAUGAUUGGUCGAAACAUGAGUUGCCAGAAAAGCAACCAUGAACUUUAUUACUUCAGCCACGUCCACAGAGGGAGCAUGAAAUAUUACUCUUUACAGCGGAUUGUGCAGUCCACGUUCCAUACUAAAGACAGGAAUGGAUCCCAGAAAAGACAAAUGUAGAGAGAACUUUUCUCAGCUGGCAUCCUUUCCUGGUUUUUUUUGUG